AACACACCAGUGGAUCACUGGCUGUAGUUCCGAACCCGAGCAGGUCCCGACAGCUUCUGCUCCCCCUGCGCGCUCCGGCUGACGCACACCACGUGACCGCGUCUCUGCGUGCUGGCGGACUGCAAUGUCCCCAGAGCUGCCCCGGGAGGGACGGAGCAAAGUCACCGAGCCGAGAUCAGCGGCUCUGCCGUCCUGCCGCCGGACCACCUGUUAAAGUCAGAACCUCGCAGAAUAUGGACCGGGACCCGUCCGGAGAGAGCAGCGCGAAGUAGAGUGACGAGGCAUGUUCAACAGCAAGUUGACCGGAACAACCAAAGUCGCGCUGACGGGAAACAGAAGAGUCGCAGUCGGAUUUAACGGAGCUUUCAGUGGACGCUACUUACUGGAAAAUGAAAUUCGCGGAACAUCUUUCAUCCCACAUUACUCCUGAGUGGAGGAAGCAGUAUUUACUGUAUGAGGCGUUCAAGGAGAUGCUGUACGCUGCUCAAGAUCAGGCUCCAUCUACAGAAGUUACAGAUGAAGACACGGUCAAGAGAUACUAUGCCAAGUUUGAGGAGCGCUUUUUCCAGACCUGCGAGAAGGAGCUUUUGAAAAUCAACACUUUUUAUUCAGAAAAACUCGCAGAGGCACAGAGACGUUUCGCCACCCUGCAGAAUGAACUGCAGUCGUCUCUGGAUGCGCAACGUGAGAGCAGCGCUCCUCCAGGCCUGCGGAGACGGAAGACAGUGUUCCACCUGUCCCAGGAGGAACGCUGCAAACACCACAACAUCAAGGACCUGAAGCUUGCCUUCAGCGAGUUCUACCUCAGCCUCAUCCUGCUCCAGAACUACCAGAAUCUAAAUUUCACCGGCUUCCGGAAGAUCCUCAAGAAACAUGACAAGAUCCUGGACACCCCUCGCGGGGCGGACUGGCGUGUGGCUCACGUGGAGGUGGCACCUUUCUACACCUGCAAGAAGAUCACCCAUCUGAUCAACGAGACUGAAACCCUGGUGACCACUGAGCUGGAGGGCGGCGAUCGCCAGCGGGCCAUGAAGAGGUUGAGAGUUCCUCCACUGGGAGCAGCACAGCCUGCUCUGGCCUGGACCACCUUUCGUGUGGGUCUUUACUGCGGGGUCUUCAUGAUUCUGGCCAUCGCUUUUGUUCUCACCGGUGCCGUUUUCAUCCACCACGAGAAUGUGUGGCCGCUGGUGCGGAUCUACCGAGGUGGUUUUCUACUGAUCCAGUUCCUCUUCCUGUUGGGCAUCAACACUUACGGCUGGAGACAGGCGGGAGUCAACCACGUUCUGAUAUUUGAGAUCAACCCUCGAAACAACCUCUCUCACCAGCAUCUGUUUGAGAUUGCUGGCUUCCUCGGUGUCCUCUGGUGCAUCAGCAUCCUCUCCUGCCUCUACUCAGAGUACACCUACAUCCCCAUGCAGAUUAACCCUCUCAUCCUCUACGGAUUCAUGGUGCUUUUCCUCAUCAACCCGUUCAAGACCUGCUACUACAAGUCACGAUUCUGGCUCCUCAAACUUCUGUUUCGUGUUUUCACCGCUCCAUUUCACCGGGUGGAGUUUGCAGACUUCUGGCUGGCGGAUCAGCUCAACUCCCUGGUGGUUGUCCUCAUGGACCUGGAGUAUCUGGUCUGCUUCUACAUCUUCGAGCUGCAGUGGAGCAACAGCAAGGGGCUUCUGCCAGCCUUAACAGACUCCAAAGGUUUCGUCUGCCACAGCUACUCGUACGGUCUGCGUGCUAUCAUCCAGUGUCUGCCCGCCUGGUUCCGCUUCAUCCAGUGCUUGAGGCGCUACCGCGACACCAAGAGGGCCUUUCCUCACCUGGUGAAUGCUGGGAAAUAUUCAACAACGUUCUUCGUGGUCACCUUCGCUGCGCUCUACGCCACACACAGAGAGCAAGGCCACACAGACGCCGACAUGUUCUUCUACCUGCUGAUCGUGUUCUCCACCAUCAGCUCUCUGUACACUCUGAUCUGGGACCUGCGGAUGGACUGGGGUCUGUUUGACCGUGGAGCCGGCGAAAACACUUUUCUCCGAGAGGAAAUUGUGUAUCCACACAAGGCUUAUUACUACUGCGCCAUCAUAGAGGACGUCAUCCUCCGUUUCGCCUGGACCAUCCAGAUUUCUCUGACCACGAUGACCAAGAUCCACUCAGUGGGAGACAUCGUCGCCACCGUUCUGGCGCCACUGGAGGUCUUCAGGCGUUUCGUGUGGAACUUCUUCCGCCUGGAGAACGAGCACCUGAACAACUGCGGUGAGUUCCGAGCGGUGAGAGACAUCUCCGUGGCGCCCCUCAACGCCGACGACCAGACCCUGCUGGAGCAGAUGAUGGACCAGGACGACGGCGUCCGGAACCGCUCCGGCAAGAAGGCCUGGAAGAGGUCCUACAGCCUGUCCCUGCGCCGCCCCCUGCUGUCCACCUCACAGUCAAAGAAAGACACGAAGGUCCUGAUUGAUGACACGGACGACGAGGCCUUCAGCUGAGUCACCAACACACACACACACACACGUCAACCUGCUGACCAUGUUCAUAAACCUCAUAGAAGUUUUAUUAACAUAUUCUAAUAGGUUUGACCCGGACAGAUCGGGUCAAAGGUUACCUCAUCUCUACUGUCUGCUUUAAUGUAGGAACACACACACACACACACAAGCAUCUGCAGAAGCACAAGCGUAGAGGAAUAGCACACACACACACACUCUCUCUCUCUCUCUCCUGGAUCGUCCCUGUCCUUCACUCAUUCUUUUCCUUCAACCUCGCGGCUGCUGACGACUGUUUACACUAACUGCUUCAGGACAAACAGGGAAACACAACAGAAGCCAAUAACAGACUCGUGGUGCUUCUCCAGACGCCACGGGUGCAACUCCGACGUCCUAUCAGGAGAAAUCAGCCGGUUUCAGCCCGUUGAUCCUUUUAAUACGCCACCUUUGUUUUCUCAUGUGGAGAGGCACUUGCAGGAAAAGUGCACCUCCGUGGAGGAGAGGAGAAGAUCUCUGCUUGCUCUGUCAACGCUCUCUGUUUUCUUCAUGAGUGGACUUUUUCUGUGGUGGACAAGUGCUGCCUGUGUGUCGUUUACACUCGUGAGACGAGUUUCAGCCUCCGCCAUGAUUGUUUAUGUAUUUUAUAAGGUGUGGAAUGUUUUUUUUAAUGUAUCACGUUUUUACUAAAUUGAGUCUUGGAGAUGUUCCAAGCUCUUGGAUCGGUGUGCCAAGCGUCUCUUCUCGCCAGCUAGUGGCUUUGUAGUGUGUUGCUCUUCUCAGUAGACCGACGGCCAAAGUUGUUCUCAUGUGAAUGUUUGUUUUGCCGCCAAGAGUCGUCCUCAAGAUGGUUGGGUUAAGAGUCGCAGGCAGUGCAAACGCCAGUCAUGAUCAUGUGACCACACGCAACACGCCCCACUGACAGUGAAAACAUGGGUCGGCCUUGAACUGGAGGUGACUAUGACAAGACGACAAGACUCUACCGCCGCCACGAUGUAAUGGCUGCGAGCCGAACUAGAUGUGACCUGAAUGAUCGACUAACAGUGGAACAUUUCAAUGAACCAUCACCUCCAGUCAAAACCCUCCAAAAUGACUAAAGGAAACAAGUUUUAUUUCACUUAACAAGGAUCAUGUGACAGGUGAAUGUGUUUUUGCUCAUACUGCUGAUAACCACACACUACUCACUGACAAACUGCAGCUUGUAGACAUCUUUUAUUUAUUGCUGUUUCUCUCCUGCAUGGAGAGAACCAAAGACCAAAUGAACAGAACUAAAUAUCCCUGAAUUAUUGAAUUAUAAAGGGAACCUGUGGCACUCGAAAGAAAGACACCUCUCUAGCCUCAACUUGCCCAUGAGUGGCUCCACAUCAAGCUGGUUCUCUGUUCUUUUUUUGAAAUGAACUGAAUUAAAUUGUUAAAAAUAUGUCUUUCCCUCUCACUGCCAGCGCGAACAAUCGGGGAGACAGAUCCAAACUCACGUGGAAAAAGAUCUUAGGAAGGACUUCAGUCAGUUCAGAAGAGUCCAAAAUGAUUCAAUUUUAAUCUCAUACACUAGUUUGAAAGUGAACUUUUUUUCUGUUGCUCUUUUUUAAUUUAAAAUAAUUUUGAUUUAUCUGGCGGUAUUGAUCAGUUAGAUGUAACCACUGGUUUCUGUCGAUUAUGUGCAUCAUCUCUGUUCAUCUUCACGCCCUGAAGCCAUGUUUCUAGUAGGACAACGUGAGCCACACAUCCAUCAGAGAGCACACAACACAAAGGCAGAUAGUUUUGUACAGAGUCGGUUUAACCUGCAUGCUGCUUUUACUGUCUACAUUGUACAUAAUGACUUUAAUUUAUUUGACCUGAUGUGUAUAUUAGCCGUCAUCGAUGCCUCAGAUUUCGUAUGAGCAGUAUUUUGUAGGCCAUUUUUUGUGACCCUGCACUUUUUCCAUGUGGAAAGCUGUUUUCAACGUGUUUGUAAAAACAAAAAAAAAAGACAAAAGAGGAUCAAAGGUUGUUCUCUUUUAAAAGAGCGUGGUGGUAGAGUCGGGGUGGCGGAUCCUGAAGCUGUGAUGUUGUUUUCCAGUGUACAUUUGUGAAUGUGCAUGAAGAUGUUGUGGACCUGUUGUUGUCCUGCAGACAGAAGCAGUCGACACACGCUGCCGGAGUGUGUCACGUUCGACUGAACACCCAACAAACCAUGUGGUUCCCCCGGACUGCUGUGAAGGUGCUUGAUGUCUGUAGUCUCUCGAUGUAGUUUGUAGCUUCUCUUAUCUAACGGACUGUGAGUGUAGCUGUAGUUCUGUAGCUGAAUGUUCUGAUAAUCUUAAAGGUAUCUCACUGUGGCUAAAUGUGAUUUGAAGAGAUGUUAAGACUUACAGAAAAAAAAAAGAAAACGUCUUAGUUAUUGAGUCAUCCUCCCCUUUCUUCAGAGUAGUUUGUGUAUAACACUGUUCUAUGAUGGUAUUUGUAUUUCUGUACACACUUUUGGUGAUCCUGUCAUAUCUGGGUUUUAUAAACCACAAUUAUUUUCAAAACUUC